UCGAACUGUUUAUGAUAGUGUGCGUGUUUAACUGGGAAAUGUUUUUGGUUCUUUCUUAUUAUUAACAAAAAACAGUGACCCAGAAAUAUGAGCGAAUCGGUUGCAGAAACUGCUGCUGCAGCGGAAAAUGAAGACCAGGCCGACGACUCUAUGGAAAAGCUGGAGUUUGAUGAGGGAGAAGAAAAUAAUGUGUCCGCCGAAGAUUUAUUGGGUGGCAAGAGUUUGAUGAUGUCGGAUGACAGCGAAAAUGAAGAUGUAUCCGAUCUAAAGCCUAGAAAAAUAUCACCCAAGGCCAGGCGCCAAAGGAUGAUGGACACGGAUCAGGAGGAGGAUGCAAUGGAGUUAGGAAAUCUUCAGGCGGAAGAGCAUAUCUCACCCAAAAACAAAGGGCAACGGCUGCUGGGCAGCAAUGAAGAGGAGGAGGUGGCCCCCAGUAUCAAAAAUAAGAAAUACAACAUCAUAAGCUCAGACAGUGAAGAGGAGCAACAGUUGGUCAAUAAAAAAAAGCCGGAGCAGAAGAAACCUGCCAAGAAAACCCAGAAAAAGACAUCCCAGGUGGAUAACGAUCAGGAGGAACCGGAGCAGGAAAAACCCACCAAAACAGACAAGAAAAAGAAGGUGACCAAAAACAAGAAACAACCUGAAGAGGACAACGGUGAAGACAGCCAGGAGAAACCUCUUAAUAAAGAAAAGUCAAAGAAGUUGGCUAAGAAUAAAAAACAAAUGAUAAAACAGCAGGAAUCCCAUAUAGACCAAGAAGAGGAUCAGGAUCAAGAUAAACCUGACAAGGCAUUAAAGCCAAAGAAGUUGGACAAGAAUAAAAAAUUGGACAUCAACGAGAACAAUGAGACGGAUAAGGAGCAGAAAAAACCUGCUCAAAAACAAAGGGCAAAAAAAUUAGCUAAGAAUAAAAAGGAAUCUACAUUGGAAAAGGACGAAAAGGACUCCCAAAUGGACAUAGAUGAAGACUCCAAAAUGAGCCAAGAAGGGGAUACAAAGCAGGAGAACUCUUCAAAAAAUCCAAAGCCAAAGAAGUUUGCCAAGAAUAAAAAAGAAUCCCCAACUGAAAAAGUGGAGAACUCCCAAAUGGACAAAGCGGAGGAGCAUGACCUGGAAAACCCUGCCAAGAAUAAACAAGAUGGCUCCCCGAAAAAAGUGGAGAAACAGAAGACAAAGAAGUUGACUAAGAAAAAUCAAAAUGAAAUUAACAAUGAAAAAGAUAACGAUCCAGACGAUCAAGAGCAGAAUGUGGGGAGUGCUCCUACGAAAGUAAAGCCGAAAAAGGUGUCCAAGAAAAAUAAACAACAAAUUGGGAGCGACGAAGAAUCAAAGGUAAACGAAGAUUUAGAUAAGCAAGAUCAGGAUCAGGACUUAAAAAGCGGCAAUGAAAUCAAGCAGGGAAUGGACAGUGAGAAUGACCUCCAGAUGGACAGCGAUGAAGAUCAGAAUACGCAAAAACCUUCCAAAAAAGUAAAGAAAAAGAAACAACGAAUGGACAGUAAUAGCGAAGAUGAGACUCAUAUUCAAAAUCGAAGCGAAGUGGAAGUCAAUCCUGCCAAAAACCAACUCAAAGGCUUAGUGGACUCCGAAUCCGAACCCGAGGAAUCCACUGCGGAAACUAGUCUCCCCAAGAAUAAACUAAAAGGUCUAGUAGACUCCGAAUCCGAACCAGAGCUAAGUAAUCCAGAGGAAUCUGCUGAAGAGCAGGAAACACCCACUCAGGCAAAUAAAGAAAAACCCAAGAAGCCAAAAGUUGUGCGGGAAUCUGCCAAGAAAGCGUUGGAGGGGAUGCAGGCCAUCCAAAGCGAGCAGCAGCGUCUGCAUCGCGAAGCUCAUAUCAAUGUGCCCUACCAUCAGCCAAAGCCCAGGACACUAAAAGAGUUUCUCAGCCGGCGCACCAUCAACGCUCCAUUAGCCACAGCUCUGGCUGGCGGAAGUCCCAUGCCCAGUAAGCAACCCAGAAAGUCUGUGGGACUUCGGAUGACCGGGGAGGAAUUGGAGGCUUAUGCAAAACUUAUGGAGGAUCGCGCCAAAGAAGCCACCGAGUUCUUUAAGUCCGAAUCCGAGCCAGAGGAUGAAGAGGAUUCAGAUAACGAGCCCAUGGAGUUAAAAGAUAAUCCAGGUGUUUUGGAUGAGGUACUAGAUAAUCCAAAAACACCAGAACAACCCAAGGUGAAGGAAAAAGUGUUGGAGACCGAAGCAAUAAUGGACGAUUUAGUCACAGAGGAAGCCAUGGUAAAAGAUCCAGUGAUUGAGGAUGAACCCAUUGCCUCCACCUCAGCAGCAGCUGCUCUGAGACUCACAGAUGACUUGGAAAUUCAAGCAGCGAAUGCGGUUGAAUCUCCCAGCAAAGUGUGUCUAAUCACAGAAGUAAUAGAACUCCCCAGGCUAGACUUGAGCAACAUCAGCAUAACGCCGCCCUCCAAGCCAGCCACGCCGAGGAUCAGCGAUGCUAUUCGACGACUGAAGAUCGAGAAAAGUUUGGAUGUAAGUCCAUCGCUUAAGGGCGAUGCCAACAUGGUUAUUGACCUGGAAACUGGCGACAUGUUCGCCAAAAAACCAACAGGAGUGGAUGAUUUGCUCAAGCGCCUGAUGAAAACGAGGGAAGCCAAAAAGCACAAGACCACAGAGACUGUCAACAUUUUAUCCACUGAGCAUGGUAAAUUGGAGAUGUCUAAGGUCAGCAUUCACCUGCACGAAGAGGAGAUCGCUAAGGAACCCAAACCUGGAGCUGGUUACAUGAAAAUGCAGGAGCAGCUCAAGUCCCUGAUAACCAAGAAGCGCAUGGAAGAUCUUCGCAAGAAGCAGGCUGAAGAGCAGGAGAGGCUGGCAGAAGAUGAGGAGGAAGGCAUGGAUGUGGAUGAGGAGUAUGAACCAGAAGAAAAACCUGGAUACGCUAAAGUGACCAUAAACGAGGAUGAGGAGAUUGUUGAAGAAGACGAGGAAGCAGCCGAGGAGGAUGAGGUGGCAGAAGAAAUUAAAAGCGAUCCAGACGAGGAUCCCGAGGAUGAUCCAGUUAAAGAUCUUGAAGUUCAGGAAAACAGCAGUGAAAGUGAACAGGAAAGCGAAUCAGAACUAGAACCUGAAACGCAAGGCAGAAAAAAGAAUAGAAUCAUUAAAGCCUUCGAGGACGACAACUCUGAUGAGGAUGAUCUCGACCUGCUGCAAACCCCUAAGCCAAGCAAUAUCGCUCCCAUAACGGCCACUCAACUGCAGUUGUCCGCCCACAAACUUUUCGAUGCGGAAACCCGUCGCACGGCCAGCGAUGAGGAGAACGAAUUGCUAGACCUGUGCUCCGGCCAGUUCCCUCAGUCCCAGAUGGUUUCCUCCGCCGCACCUUCUGUGGAUACAGCUGUGAUCAGUCAAAUUCCCAUGACACAGUUUGGGACCAGCAGCCAGGCACCUGAUGAAUUGGAGGGUCUUUGUUCCGGCACCUUUGCGACUCAGCUACCAUCGCAAGCACCCACGCAAAAAGCGGAGGAGCAGGAAGAAUCCCAAGAGCCGCCAGUGGUUGCCAACAGAAUUGUUUCCAGCGAUGAGGAGGCCAAAGAGGAAGCGCAGGAUUCCGACAAGCCACGCAACAAGAAACUCACAAAGAAGAGGUCUAAGAAAAAGGCCAAACUUGGCUUCUCGGAUGAUGAAGAAAGCGACGGUGAUGUCGAAGAACUCGAGGAGGACGAGAGCGAAGGCGAGCCAGAAGAAGAAAUCCCAGAAACCUUCGUGGACUACGAUUCCGAAGAGAAUGAAAUUGUUGUAGAGAUGACCAAGAAAGAUCGCAAAGUGCGUGCCGCCAACUUUGUGGACAAAGAAGCUGAACUAUCUGAGUCCGAAUGGGGAUCUGCCGACGAAGACGAGAAGAACAUGGAUACUUAUGAUAUAGAGCUGGGCGACGAGGACGAGUUUGAUCGCGACAAGCUGCGUCAUGAGCUAGGUCAGAUUCAUGCUCGAAAAAUGCUGGAUCAGGAUAUUCGGGAGGUGCGCAAGAUCAAGGAAAUGCUGUUCGAGGAGGAAGAGGAGGGAGCAAGUCGCCAACGCCAGUUCCGUUGGAAGAACGUUGAGGACGGCUUUAGCUUAGAUGACCAUCGUCCAGAGAACAGUGAAGCAAACGAGGGCAGUGGCGAUGAGGAAAACGAGCAUCUGUGGCGAAAAAUACGAUAUGAACGCGAGCAGCUUCUCUUAGAAAAGGGCCUUAAACCCGAGGCAGCAUCACCGCUCUCCACAUCCGUAAUAAACACCAGUAACUCUGGUAACUCCAUUCGCCGGCUGAAUAUAAUCACGUCCAAGAAGACGACGGUGGAGGUAAAGAAAAGUUCACCGUUCCUGAUCUCAAAAACUGUAGCUGGAAAGCAGCAGAAAAGCGCUGUACGUGGUUCUUUUCUGGUUCGAGACCAGCAGACUCUUACAAAAUUGGCAGGACUGACUAAGGGAUCCUCCGCUGAUGUGGACGGUUCGGAGGGAACUAUUUCCGUAAAAACAGCGAAGGCCAAGAACUUUGUGUUCGCCACGCUAACGGAAGAGGAACAUGAGAAUCGGAAAAGAAAAGCAGCCGAUUUGCUUAACAGCAGCACUGAAACGGGUGUGAAUUUCAUGAAGAAACCACGAUUGGAGCCACGAAGGGAGAAGUGCCUUAUAGAUCAGCUUCUUUAAUUUAAUACCUUUUAAUUCUAGACACGUCUUAGUUGUACAUUUUGCUACUUAGUCUAUUAAGAUAGUUCAUAAGAGUAAAGAAACAAUACAUUUUAUUUCAUUUUAAUUUUUUAUCACAGUUUUUAUCCAAAUGUAAAGAAACAUGGAAUAUAGAAAAAUUAAGUUAACAUACAUAUAAAUAUAUAAUUUAGUACAAAUAACUGUAAUAAAAUUGUAAUAAUUGUAAUACUAAAUGUA